CUUCAUUCACCCUAUACUUACAUGUUGUGCUUCUCUCUCUAAUGUCAGGGUAUACGCCAGCUUGAGAAUAACCUAGACAAGAUGAAGGUGAAGAUCACUGAGGCUAGGGAAAUCCAGACCGCCUAUGGACACAUUCAUGAGAACCUGCAGCAGGAGGUCCGUGAUAUAUACGGAGUCCUGGAGCAGAAAGAGCAGGCAGUUGCUGUUGGACAGGCAAAGUUGGACAAAGCAAGCAAACAGUCCCAGACAGCUGCCGCUGCUGCAGGCUGCACACUGGGCAGGGUACUUCAGAUGGAAUGUGAGACAAUGGGAAAGAAAAGAGAAAUGGAUCUUGAGCUUUGUGAACUGAGUGCAGAAGAGAAGGAGCUGAAAAGGCAAAUGGAAACUCUGGGACAACUCAGCACCCAGAGGCCCCGAGAGCAGGACAUUCAAGAAGAAGAAGAAGACGAUGAAGAAGAAGAAGAAGAAGGAGAGGAAGAUGAAGAAGCAGCACUUCCUGCCGCAGACCAGCAGUGUUACGACGUCUGUGGGGCCUCUCGGAGUGACAUGAAGCUGAAGGAGGACAUGGAGGCUCUGAGGGAGGCUCUGGGCUGCGCUGACGUGCAGGAACUGGUCAGCAAGGUGGUGUCGCAGCAAGCCACCCAGCAGCACCUCCUCUCUGAGGUGACCCGCUGUGAGGAGCUGACCUGGCAGGAGGACGCAGCUCUGACCCAGCUGCACCUGCAGCACGCUGAGCUCAAGUUCAGCAGCAAACCUGCAGCUACCAGGUUUGACGGGCUGAAGGGAGAAAUGGAGGCCGAGCUGAAUCAGGAAGUGUUCCGUGUCAGACGCCUGCAUGGCGCUCUGCAGCAGUCCCAGGACCUGUUGGCCACUGUGGAGCGGGGGGUCAACAACCUCUACUUCAGAAUGAGCUGCGAGCCCGUCCAGGAACUGUCCAGUGCAUCCUGUACUGAGAGCUUAGACAAAGUGAAGGACAUCAGCAACUGCCUGCCAACCUUACUGCAAAGAGCAUCGCAGCACAAAGCUGAGAUCAGCGGCCUGGACCAAGAGAGGGUUCACAGUUUGCUUGAGCAGCUCAACCGGAUGGAGUCGAGGAACGUCAAAAGACCAAGCACCCCGAUACACUCUCCUGAAGUCUGCGAUAAUGAACAUGAGUGCUGUCCCUCCCGCGACGAGAUCAAGAGCAGCAGCAUGAGACUGGUGGAAUCGGAGCAGAACAAGUCGAGAGGCAAGAGGAAGCAGUAGACCUGCGCACCACAGCGGAUAUGUUGCCAAGGCAAUAAACAAGAGAACAGACUUUCUGCUUCUGAUUGUCCCAGACCCUCAGUGUAAUAUGGAACCCACUUUCAUUCCUUUUCUAUUCUGGACUACAUUACCGCGACAGAAUGCGACUGGGCCCAAAAGAGUUGAUUCUGAGUGACCUGUAAGUAUAGCAGUAUCUUGUUAAAGACCACCCUGCUGCUUCAGGUUGUGGUCAUAUAUCCAUAGCUCCUGUCCAACAAACAAGAGAAAUGUAAAGCCAGGUAUCAGGACGUGGAGGACAGAGCUUUUAUUUUUGGAGUCUCUUUUCAAAUGUAGUCUGUCAAUAUGUGAAACUGCAUGAGAUGAGGUUUGAAUUCAAUUUCAGCUCAAAAGUCUACAUAUAUACCCUACAGAGGUGAAGUGUUCAUAUUUUACAAUAGAAAGGAAGAUAAGGUAUAAUGAUGGGAGGAACAAGGACGAGCCCCCAAAUAUGUAUUAAAGCAUUAAAACAACAUUUGUGGC